UAUUGGAGGAGGGUGCAGGGAAUAGAAUUAAAGGGCCACUGACUAAAAAGAGCUCUUGUAAUAAUAAGUACAUCAGACCCCCUUAACUUUUUCAAGAUGGUGACAACCAAGAAUUUAAUGUAUAUACAAAUCACAUUUGCUAACGUUGUCAAAGUUUCAGCCUAAAUAGUUUUUCCUAUUCUAAACCCUGAGAUCCACACGCCGGGCUUGUAGAGGAACAGCUUCAGCUACAGCCUCAUACUUCAAAUAGAAAUGUACGCUGCAGACUUGGAUUGCCGGAGCUUCUGUACUACAACGCUUUGCAGGUGUGCUUCCAGCACGGAACGGGGGGAGCACAGAGCAAUUCGGGCUCUAUGUAUGUCGGCUAGGAUACAUGUUUUGUUUUACUGUGUUGCCAUAUGUGAGUACAGAUGGGAAUUCCACUGAACAUCCUGAAACAACGAGCCCACCUUGUCCUCAGUAUACAGAUGAUUGCACAGAACUGUCUUCACAAUCAAAAUGGAAUGGUCAUUUUUCACGAUGCCCCAGGACUUACAGACACUACUGUAUUAAAGGGAAGUGCCGCUUUGUUACUGCGGAAAGUAUACCUGCAUGUAUAUGUGACUUAGGUUAUACUGGAGCAAGAUGCGAAUACUUGGACUUAUUUUACUUGAAAGGGGAUCGACGGCACUAUGUAGUUAUCGGGCUGAUUGUUGCUAUGAUGUUUCUCAUCAUUCUUAUUGUUGGCAUAUGCAUCUGUACACAUCAUUGGCAAAGAGCUCAAAGGAGGAAAAGGAAAGAAAAAGAAAGGGAAGGACUGAAUAACGAUUCCGCAACAAAAGUGGAAGAAACUCAUUUUGUAUAGGUCACAAAGAAGGUACCUGCGGGCAGGUUUUAUGCUGCUGCUAUAGAGUAAACAAUAAGCUGUUCCACCAUAAGGAGAGCAGAUUCUGGAUGAAUCUUGCUGAAUGCUGUGCGUUAUAAAGGCCAGUGGCUAUCGGCAUUGCUGUACUUUCAGGAUGAAAAAUGAAUAGGCUAUCGGAGACUUUGUUUCAUCGAUGAGUGAUACAGCUUCUUCCAGUCAUGUCUGUCUGUAUAUGUUUUUGUAUGUGUUUAUGUAUAAGGCUGUUUAACUCUAUGGGUAGCCCCCAACUUGUAAAUUAAUUGCAGAUAAACAGUAUUAAUUACAUUGGUAUCAUUCAGAAAUUGGCAUUUGUCAGCUUAUCUAAAUAUCUUGGUUAUAGCUAGAAUUAUGUCUUGUAUUUAAAAGUGGGAAUCAUUGAAAAAAACAUAACCAUAACCCUGAAAGAUGUUCUGUUACUCAAGAAUUUCAUGCAAAUGUUUAUGUUUCAAAUCUGUUUAGAGGAGCAUACUUCACGUACCAAAAUUAGAAUCUUAAAACAGCUGCUGAGCCAUAAAUCACCUCUUGUAAUAGACUCAUGAAUUACCAAACUUUAGCUGAAAGUUUGAGGAGUGCUUAUACAGCUGCAUAGCUACGUACCCACUGAUAUUAAUUUGUAUCUGAAAAUGGCCAUGUUGUAAUGCUCUUUAUGCUGGCUAAAAUCAAGGGUUUUCUUGUUUCCAAGAGCCAUUCCAUUCAAAUGUUUUGCAGUUUGACAACAAACAUCUGCUAAGUGUUACUAGACCUGGUACAAUCAUUGAAUCUUUUAUUACAUACCCCUGAGAACUGAAAUAACCUUUUUAGAAAGCACCUGGCAAGAAUGGAAGAGCCCUUGUUUAUUUAGCUAAACCAACAGUCUACAACAGUCUAAAACAGAAUCCCAAAUAAAUGUUUUCAUCAAAAUGGUGGCACAGCCUCUUUAAGCGAGGCAUGCCCAAAGAUGUAUGACAUUUGUGCAUGCCAACCUCUACAUAGUUGCUGGAGGAAUGGCAGCAGAAUUGGUCAUAACAUUGAAUUGUUUGUUUUGAAUAGCACACUGCCAAGGGCUUUUAUUACAUUACAAGAGCUUAGCAAUUUUUGGAAUGCUGUUGUUAGUUUUUAUAUAUAUUUUUACCUGCUGCAUUGCAAAGGAGUGUCACCAAAUGUAUCCUCCUAUUUUCUUUAUUUCUGGUCAUGUUGCCAAGAACAGCUAUUCCUUCUGUGGAGGAAGAUCUCUGUCUUUGUGCCCUUGGGACCCUCAUAGUUACUACAGCCCUGGUGUCAUCACAACCCCCUGAGACAAGGCUUCCUUUAGAAAUCAUGGGACCCCAUAUGCCCAACCAGCUUCACACAAGUCAUGUCCUGUUUUGUCUAAAAAUGCUGACACUCAUUCUCCUCCAUUUCUUGAAAGCUGUGCCCCUUCCACAUCAUUGAAAGCCAACUGAGGGUAUUCCUCUAACCUAAGCCCCCUGAUGACAGCACUGCUUUUAGCUAAACCUUGUGGUAUGAGGAUCUAACAGACUGGAGUUAUUGUGCUGCAUUUAUUAUAAUCUGCCAGCACAAAAUAAACCAUCUCCUCUUAAUAUUUUCAUUAGACAAAUACAAAGGGAAGAUAAAAACUGGAAGGUACAGUUGCACAAAAGAAAUCGGAUUCACAUAUUGUAUUCUCUACUACUACAAGAAAGACACAUCAUAUAAUUAUGCAUUAGGCAUCUGCCAUUCUUCAAAGUAUUGUGCAUAGACCAGUGCAGUCUUGGUUUGUUCUACUAGGGAAUGUGCUGUGUUCUUGAAACCAUCUAAUACCUAUAACAUUAAGGGGCCCAUUUACUAAUGUUGAUAAAUGGUCCUCUAAAUCUCAUGUUUUUAUAAGCUACUGUAAUUCUUUGUACAUUCAUUGUGUUCGGUUUCAUUUAAUCACAGUAUAUAUCAAUUAUUACAAUGUUUACUAAAGAAUUAUUUAUCUGAACCUCUGUGUUGUUAUUGGCAAUCCAUAGCAAUGGUAUAGUUGAGCUCAAAUUAGAGCAGCAAUUUGAUUUAGUGUGGGGGAGAAAUUUUUCAUGUGAUUGCUGUGACCAUAUCUAGCAUACAGUAGCAUUAGUGAGAAUUAUAGUACUGUGGCUGAAACCAUAGGCAAAAUGGGUAUUGUUAAGCACAUAUAUACUGUAUAGUACUUUCAUGCCUCAUUCAAUUUGGAUCUUUUAAUAAAUGACUAGACAUUCAUAGUUUUCACAGAAAUAACUUUAUUCAUGGUAUAAAAAAGUCUAAAACCGCUAAAAUCAGAAUGUGGAUACAUCUGCCCCUAAGAGUUUCAUCUGAUCUCAGUUGUACUUAGGGGCAGAUUUAUCAAAAUUUGAGAUUCACUACAGAAAAACAUAUUCAAUUUCAAUUUAUUCCUAUGGGGAUCUUUUAAAGCAUAUUUAUAAAAAGGUGAACUCUUUCACGCUUUUAAAAAUCCCUUAAGAAUUGAUACAAAGUGGGUGGUUUUCUGAAAUGAGCUCUAAUUUUACACUUUGAUAUAUCUGCCCCGUAGUGAAAUUGGAUCUACCUAGUAGCACUAAUAUGCAAUGCAGUUUUAUGUGAGUUCUAACUAUGUAAAGAAGUCCUGAUUGUGCAGUCCUACAUGUUUGAUCUGGUUCAAAACUCCCAGAUUUAUGAGAUCUAAGGUUACUGUUUCUUAUGUUGGUAAAUAUGUAUUCUGUAAGAUAUUUUUGUAGAACAUACUCUGAAAAUAUUUUAUUAAACAUUUUAUUAA